AUGGCACGCAUCUUGAUUACCGGUUCUUCAGACGGCCUCGGCGCCCUCGCUGCUCAGCAGCUCGUCAAAAACGGCCACCAAGUUGUCAUCCACGCCCGCACCCCCCAGCGAGCUGAGGAUGCGAAAUCGGCCGUGCCUGGAGCCGAAACUGUUCUCAUCGGGGACCUUUCUAAAAUCUCCGAGAUUAAGAAGCUUGCAGAGGACGCCAACAAGCUGGGCACCUUUGACGCCGUCAUUUACAACGCCGGUCUCUACCGUGGCCCCUACCGCAAAACGGACUUGGGCCUCCCCAGUCUUACGGCAGUCAACGUCAUGGCACCGUACCUCCUUACAGCCCUGUUGAACAAGCCAAAGAGGAUUAUUUACAUCUCCUCAGGUCUCCAUCGCAACGGUGACACUGCCUUCAACGAUCCUACUUGGGUUGAACGCGGCGAGGCGGCCUGGAAUGAGGACCAGGCCUACUUCGACUCAAAGUUGCAUGUCAGCACUCUCGCCAACGCUGUCGCGCGCCUGUGGCCAGAUGUUAAGAGUAACUCUGUUGAUCCCGGUUGGGUCCCUACCAAGAUGGGUGGACAGAGCGCGACAGACAGUGCUGAGCCGGGUAUUGCUACCUAUGUCAUGCUGGCUGAGGGAACUGAAGCCGGAGAUGUGAGCGGAAGGUACUUCAAGCCCGGAAAGAAAGAGGAUACGCCCUCAGAAUUCACUCGGGACGAGAAGAGGCAAAACCAGUUGCUUCAGCUGUGGGAGGAACUGACUGGUGUGAAGCUGCCUGUGUCGUAA